CAUGCUUUACUGGUGGUGACCCCCGGCGGACGAAGGCAUUUCAGCUUUGAGGCGUGGCAGCGGUUGCACGCCUGGCGGGUGAGCGGGGCUUUACUCUGGGGGGUCGGUUGCGGCUGCUGUGGGUGCGACGCCGUCAAACUCAUAGUCGGUGACAUGAUAGGAAGGAGUCGCAGGAGGUAUGUUGUAUAAACGGGGACAGUACUUGAGAAUCGCAGCGCAACGAAAACCUACCUCUCCGGGUACAUUCGGUGCUUUUAUCUAUGUACCGUACCUCCCUGCAGCGAGGCAGCAGCCGCGCCGCCUGCUGAGUACUUUUGGCACCGCUCGUGGCUGCGCAGGCAUCACGAUCCUGCUGCAGGCCUAGUCUCCACAUGCAACACUGACUCGCUGGGGGGAGGGGGAGGUUUGCAUGAUCUGGAACUGAAUGGAAGGUGUGCGUUUCAGUGAAGAUUGGCGAUGGAUCAGACCGGCCAUCAGAUGGGAUGCGCACGAUGAAUCCUGCGGUCUGCCUGAUGCGACUUGGUGGUUGGUGGAAACCGGAAAUGGCUCAACCUGGGCAAAACGAACUGCCGCUUGGAUGGGCGGAGGUGUUGCGAUCGAGAUGUGUUUCCCCGAGACGUGCAGACACGCGGGCGAGGAGGCUCUGCAGUGGACAUGAUCUGAUGUCGGGGGUGCAAGUCAGUGCAGGACACUGACCUUGGCUCCACUCUGCCCAGGCGCUGCCGAUGUU